AUGGGACGUAGCAGAGGCAGAGUUAAGUGGUUAAGUCCCAUCUUGGAAAGAGCGCCAACUGCCGUAAAUAUGGUCUUUGGGCACUUUCAACUGCCCAACAUGCAUGGAGCGGCCAUAGUAAAGGACCUGAACGAGUAUCUCGAUAUUCUUGGACAACCGUCAUUAUUCAAGCUAUAUACUCAAAUAUGCUUUUGCUUUUCGGUGGCCGAUGCUUCCUCACAUUUAGCAAUCAUCAACAUGUUGACGAGUGGUCUCGAACGACUGUCCGCGAGCUUUCCAUGGCUAGCAGGCAAGGUCGUCAACGAAGGUUCAGGUGAAGGCAACUCCGGCAUCUUCAAGAUCAAACCAUUGGAGGAAAUUGCUCGUCUGGUCGUGAAAGAUCUCAGACAUGACCCCUCAGUACCAACGAUAGACGCCCUCAGACGAGCUAAUUUCCCCUUCAGCAUGCUAGACGAAACCAUCAUUGCGCCUCUCAAAACCCUUCCAGGAAGCUCCGACGAAUCCGCAUCGGACUCGGCACCAGUCUUCGUCCUCCAAGCCAAUUUCAUCACCGGCGGUCUCCUGCUCACCUUCGUUGGCCAGCACAUCACAAUGGACAUGACUGGCCAAGGUCAAAUCAUGCAUCUCUUCUCCAAAGCUUGCCGCAAUGAACAAUUCACAAGCGAAGAACUGUCAUCCGGCAACCUUGCCCGCCGCAACCUCAUCCCCUUACUCGACGACUCCUAUAAAGAAGGCUCCGAGCUCGCUUCCCAGAUUGUGAAACCCACUCCAUCUCAUUCCAUCUCCAACGACACCAAUGACCACUCAGCACCACCUUCUCCUCCAAAAUGCACCUGGACCUACUUCACCUUCAACCCCACCUCACUCACCGCUUUGAAAUCACUCGCCACAAAAACCAUCACCCUCCCUUCAGGCUACAUCUCCACCGACGACGCCCUCAGCGCCUUUAUCUGGCAAUCCGUCAUCCGCGCCCGCCUCCCCCGCUUAAACCCCACAGCUAAAUCAACUAUUGCCCGCGCCGUCGAUGUACGGCGUUAUCUGGAUAUUCCAGAGACGUACCCAGGACAUAUGCAGAAUAUGACGUACCAUACGUACACUGUUCAGGAAGUUGGUUGA